GACAUGCCGGAUGCCCAGUCAGAUUUCCGCAAAUUCAGGAAGAGACCGAAAGAGAACGGGGCGGGGCAGCGAGUACAAACCGCCUCGGCGUGUGCUCUCAAGGCAGCAUGAUGGGAGCGCGUGACGAGAAGAUGAGUGGCGGGGGUUUUGUCCAAUGGAGCUGAGGCUCAGACCGAACAUGGCCAAUGAGAGUGGCAACAGCGGGUGGGUAGGCGGUGCAGCGCUUCUAGUCCGGUUUGGUUGUGAGAAGUUAGUGGCGCUGCUGCUGGUGCUGUGAGGGGACGGAGACGGCUGGGCUGUGAGAGCAGCGGCGGCCCCGGAUCAGCGCGAUGCUCACAGACGGCACCGCCGCCCCUGUCGGCGACGAGGAGAUAGACUCGGUCACUCCCCGUGCUCCCCCCACUGCCGAGGCCCCCGCCGCGGCCGGGCCCGCCCCGUUGGGGCUGAGGGCCGUGCGCCUCUUCGGGGAGGCUGGGCCCGGCGGGCCAGGAGGCCCCGGAGCGCCCGACGCUGGAGAGGCCGCCCUCGACUUCAAGCUGGCGGCCGCCGUGCUGAGGAGUGGGGGCGGCGGCGGCGGUUCCGGCAGCGAUGAGGACGAGGUGUCCGAGGUUGAGUCAUUUAUUUUGGACCAAGAAGACCUGGAUAACCCAGUGCUUAAAACAACAUCUGAGUUAUUCUUAUCAAGUGCUGCAGAAGGCACCGAUUUAAGAACUGUGGAUCCAGAAACACAAGCAAGAUUAGAAGCCUUGCUAGAAGCAGCAGGUACUAUGUUUGUAUAG